AUGGGAAUGAGACACCACUACUACCAACCUUUGCUGCUAGCUGCAAUCACAGGCGACUGGGAAAGUGCUAGAACCUUCUUGGAACGUGAUCCCGAGGCAGUGACUGCAGUUAUCACAAGCCAAGCGCUAACUGCGCUUCACGUUGCUGCGAAAGAAGGCCAGUGGCAAUUCAUAAUGAAGCUUGUGGAGCUUAUGCCUGCAGAAGCACUAGCAGCAAGAAAUAUCCUUGGUCAAACUGCCUUGCACAAUCUUGCAAUCUCCGGUGACAGCUGCAUUGAGGCUGCUAAGUCUUUGGUGACGAGAAACCCGGCAUUGCCACAAAUAACUGAUACCGAGGGAUUUACUGCACUCCUUUGGGGUUGUAUGAUGGCUCCUGAAACAUCUAAGGAGAUGAGGUGGUACCUUGUUUUAGUAACCCGAGACGACUUCCCGAGCUCUCCCUUUACCGGUCCUCUGGCUGGCACGAUCAUUUGCAGCUUAUCCACUAUGGGAUUCUUUGUGGUGCCAGUGGAACUCAAUUAUGAGCCUCCACCUUCCGUAAGAGAGGGUUCGGGUGUCCCUCCUAGAUCCGGCGAAGAUGUGGAAAUUCCAAUCCCAAUACCUUCCAAGGUAAUGCCCCUAAUCAACCACGUACGAGAAACAAAGUCAAGACACAAAUGUGCUGAAGAAUUGGCUAGACAAGUUUAUGCACAUGCUUCAAGUAUGAAUUCCAUGGAAAUACUACGAUUUUUCUUAGGAGGCGUCAAUGGCAGUCUCGAUCAUGGGGGUGGGACAGUUGAAGUUCCAAGGAUGUGCAUUGAAAAUUUUCCUGAUCUGCUUUGGGUGCCAGCUCUACAUGGGGAUAACAUAUUGCAACGCACUAUUUUCUAUCGGCGAGAAAACAUGUAUAAUAUUUUAAAAGAGUGUACAAAUGGUAGUACUCUGUUGUCUUUCGGCACAGGGACAACAGAGGACACUAUUCUGCAUACGGUAGCAAAAUUGGCUCCACUUCCUCGUCUUAAAUCUGUCUCCGGUCCAGCUUUUCAACUACAAAGAGAGUUGCAAUGGUUCAAGGAGCACAAAGGGUUGCUUAAAGAAGGAAAGAAAUGGAUGAAGGACACAUCAAAUUCUUGCAUGAUUGUGGCGGCUCUCAUUGCCACAAUUGUCUUUGCUGCUGCCUUUACCAUGCCGGGAGGCAACACGAGCGAUAACAAAGGAACUCCGAUUUUCCUAAGGAGCAAAACAUUCAUGCUGUAUGCUAUUUCGGAUGCAGUUGCUUUGUUUUCCUCUCUGACUUCUCUUCUAAUGUUCUUGUCAAUCCUAACUGCUCGUUACGCCGAAGAAGAUUUUCUCGAGUCACUGCCUAAGAGGUUGAUCAUUGGGCUCGCUCUCCUCUUCUUGGCUAUAGCUGCCACGAUGAUAGUGUUUUGCGCAACGCUUGCAAUGGCACUUGGCGAAAGAUUCACAUGGAUUUCUCUACCAAUUACUUUACUACUGGCUAGUUUUCCUGUGGCCUUGUUUGUAAUGCUGCAGCUUCCCUUGUUCAUGCAAAUGGUCCAGUCUACAUAUGGAUCCAGCAUCUUUUGCAAAUAA